UUCACUACAUCAUUCGUAUAACACACUCCAUCCUCCUCGAUCAUCUGCACCGGUGCCUGACAAUCCGUCACCACCUCCACCCGAGCCAACCGUCUUUGAACCACAAACUUCGAUCAGCCCAGCUUUAAUAGCUAGAAGGAUUAAUAUUUGUCUCAGUGCAUAUUGUAGAAGGAUUAAUUGCACCAUAUUCAUCUUGUUGACUUUCAAAUACCUCUUAAUAAUAUCAACCAUCUCUUUUUUAAGUGAUUGAAUAACCACUACAUCUACAUUCUUUCUGUACGAGCAUUCCACAAGUAUAAAAAGCCACAACAAACUCUAUAUCGUACCAAUUCAAAGACACACUUGCCUAAGUCACUUAUCUCUCCCAAUUCAAUGUCUCCUCUCUUGUUCAUCUUCCUCCUACACAUAAUAACCGGUGCGGCCACACACCUCCGGACCGGUUAUUACUCGGGAGUGUGUCCAAAAGCCGAAUACAUCGUCCGAGAUGUCAUGUGGAGGGCUUUGAUGAGAGAACCCCGGAGCCUCGCCUCAGUCAUGCGACUCCAAUUUCACGAUUGCUUUGUUAAUGGUUGUGAUGCUUCAUUGUUACUUGAUGACACACCAACCAUGCUCGGAGAGAAACUCGCCCUUUCAAAUAUAAAUUCAUUGAGAUCUUAUGAAGUUGUUGAUGAAGCCAAGGAAGCCUUGGAGAAUGUCUGUCCUGGAGUUGUUUCAUGCGCGGAUAUCAUAAUCAUGGCUUCUAGAGAUGCUGUUGCCCUGACUGGAGGACCAGAUUGGGAAGUGAAGUUGGGAAGAUUGGAUAGCUUAACAGCAAGCCAAGAAGCCUCAGACAAUGUGAUGCCAAGUCCAAGAUCUAAUGCAACCUUUCUCAUUGAUCUAUUCAGCAAAUUCAAUCUUUCUGUCAAAGACAUGGUUGCACUUUCUGGAUCACACUCCAUUGGCAAAGCUCGGUGCUUUUCCAUCAUGUUUCGGCUUUACAACCAAUCCGGCACUGGCAGGCCGGAUCCUGCCAUUGAACCCAAGUUUAGAGAAAAGCUAGACAAGCUUUGCCCUUUGAAUGUGGACCAAAACGUGACCGGAGACCUUGAUGCAACAUCAGUGCUAUUUGAUAACCAGUACUUCAAGGACUUGGUUUCCGGCAGAGGGUUUCUGAAUUCGGAUCAAACACUUUACACAUUUCCACAGACUAGGGGAUUUGUGAGGCAGUUUAGUAUAGACCAAGGAACCUUUUUCAAGGCCUUUGUUGAGGGGAUGAUAAAAUUGGGUGACUUGCAGAUCCAGCAACCUGGGGAGGUGAGAAGGAAUUGUAGGGUGGUCAAUGCAUUGAGAAAGUCUUAGUGUUGUUUUGUUAUCUGAUGUCAAUAAAUCUUUUCCUCGUCUUUAUAAAGAAAAACUAAUGAAUAAAAAAUGUAUUUUCCCCAGUGAACAACUUGGGAUUA